AUGGUGCACGCGGUGCACUGCAGCAGCAGGGCUGGCAGCAGCAAGAGCGCUGGCAGCCCCUUCCACGCGGAGCACGCACCGCUAACGCGCGCGCACAUGGUGCACUACGUGGACGUGCACCUGCCAUGGUCGCACUCCCUCUGCGCCUGCUGCCUCCCCCGCAUGCUCCGCCCCGCCCCGCCCACCGCCUUCCAGAUCUCAAGCCUCGCCUCUCUUCGCAAGCACUUGCAGAAGCCAGUGGUGCGCUCCAUGCCGCCUUUCCGCUUCGGCCUUAAGCCCCCACGCUUCAUCACUGCCUACUCCGCCGCUGUCCCGCUCUCCGCCCCUCCUCUUCGCCCUCCAAGCGGUUCCAGGGCAAGAGGCACCACUGGGGCUAGAGACACCGCUGGGACUAGAGGCACUGCUGGGGAUAGAGGCACGAGGGCGGCAGGUAGCCCUCGCCUGUGGUGGUGCUGCUGGCUGUGCAUUGACUGCUGGACGCGCUACCGCCGUGCCAUGUCCAUCGCUGCUUUCAUCGUGCUUGUCGCCAAGUUCCCCCGCUUCGUUGCUCUCUGGCGGUCGCACGUCCAGUCUAGUUCUGUGAUCUUUCCCCACCUGGCGUUUCAUUUUGGUGCGGGGCGGCAGGCGCAGGAUGACUGUGUGGCGUUGCUGCUGCUGCAUGUGCUGGGAGUGAAGGGGAAGGAACAGCUGGAGACCGGCUUUGCUGCCCACCUGCUGCCGCUGCUGCCGGGGGGAAGGGACGCGCAUCCCAUGUUCGCCAACAAUGCUGCGAUCGUCUUCUUCGACUGUGCUGCCCACCGCCACAAGGAGAGCGUGGAAGACGCUGCCGUGGAGGGAGCAGUGAACAGGCUUGCAGCGGGGGAGAGAGGAACAGUUGGCAAUGGAGUGCAGGGUCGAGGAAAGCAAGCAGUGGAACCAGAGGCUCCAACAGUGUCUCCUGCUGCUACUGCUGCUGGGUCUACAGCGUGGGCUGCUCUGGCCCUGGGGCCGUAUGCAGAGGGGAGGAUCAAGCCCAUCCUACGGUCGAGAACGGAGGUGGAGGCGUUUAUAAAGCUGACCGCGGACACCAUUUCUCCCGCGCCUGCCUGUAGCCGCUGCUACCGCUACUUCUGCCAAUACUACCGGGUUGUGAAGCACACAGCGAUCGCCGCGUCCUUCGCCUACUGCCCCUCGUCCACGUUGCUGCACUGCCUCCUCUCGCUCUCCCCGGCCCGCUCCGCGACCUUCAAAUCCCUCUUGGAGAAGCUACACGUGCCUCGUGUCCCUGCAGUGGUCCCGGACUCGCUGGUGGAAGGCGUGGCAGAGGAGAAGCGCCUGAGGCUGCUCUUCGUGGGCAUGCUGCACAUGAGCAAGGAGAAUGCCAUUCCGAAAAUUCUGGAACCUAUAGGAGGAGGGAAAGGAGUGGGGCGUGUGGGGAGAGAGGAGUCAGAGGAUUACUGUGAGGGCAUGUGGCGUGCGAUAAUGGAAGAUGAAGCUCUCAGGGCUGCCGGGAAGGAUGCUGGGAAGAAGGAGAAGGGGAGGGCAGGGGCGUCGUACCUGGAGCCGUGGCCGGGGGGGGUGAAUCCUCUGGCGUGUUUGAGGGAGAUGCUGCUGGGGGAGACCAGCUACUGCCCCCAGGGGAAGGUGGACGCCCUUGCCGCUGCUGACGCUGCUGGUGCUGCUACAGCUGAGGGACACGGUGACAAGGGAGGGUGGCGUGGGUGUGCGUCGGCACAGUGUGGCGAGGUGGAAGGGGCGGGGGUGCAGCUGAAACUAUGCUCGCGGUGUGGCAAGGCUGCCUACUGCAACAGGGAGUGCCAGAGGGCCCACUCGCCCUCGCACAAGCUCACAUGCCAGCCCAAGGGUAAGGAAAAGGUCGAGGAAUAA